UGAUAUGCAUAUAUUAGAAGAAGAAAAAACCACUUGCUAGAAAGGAAGUAGAUUUCACUGAUAGUUUUCCAUAGAAGCAACAAAACCACAAGCUCUUGUUUUCUGUUCGCUAGUCAAGAUAGCGAACAAAGACAGGAGAACGCAAGCCUAUGAGGAUGGGCAACCAGCUGCAAUGGCACUUAACAGUAGGAGCCCUCUUCCUCUUAACAGAUUUUACAUCUGCUCUGGUGGGCCCUGAAAAAGUGCCUGGAUUUCUUGACAACCCACUGUCUUUGGUGUGUACAUAUGAAAAAGGAUUUAAAAACUACAUUAAAUAUUGGUGCAAAGGAGCUGAAUGGAGUUCAUGUACCACCAUUGUUAAAACUGAUGGAACAGAGGCAGUGGAAAAGAAAGGCAGAACCAAAAUCAAGGACAACCAAACAAAUUUCAAAUUCACAGUCACCCUAGAGAACCUCACAGAGAAAGAUGCUGGGAAGUACUGGUGUGCUAUAGAAAGAGCAUUAUCUGACAUCGGAGUCCUUGUAACUAUUGAAGUUCUUCCAGUACCUACUACCAUACCUGUAAUUACGACCAGCCUUCCCACAGAACCAAAUUUCUCUAGCAUAACAACAGAAAGACCUAUAGGCCCCGAUUCCCUUGACAACUUGACAAUCCUGCUACCUGUUGUGUUUCUAGUAUUAGUGGUCAUCUUAACUGGAGCACUACUGCUAAUGUGGAGGCUAAAGAAGAAAAAAGCUGCCAAAGAAUGCAAGGAUGUUCCAUUGUCUAUGUCUCUGAGACAAGAAGAACAGAAUACUUCAAGUGCAGUUGUAAAGCCAAGAUUUAAUCACAAAGAAGCACCUUCUGAAGUCAACCAAGCCAUGAACUACAACCCAGCAGAAGUGGAAUACACAUCUGUUACAAUAAGGGCACCAACUACUGCUGCAGCUUCUCCAUCACAGGUUCAUACCAACACAGAAAAUAUUGCUUAUGCCAGCUUGAGGUUUUCUACCCCAAAUGAGCAAGCUAUUUAUGCCAAUGUAAAGUAAAUGUUCCAGGAAAUCCUGACUACAAGAAAGUACUGUAAAAUGAAGAAGAAUGAGAUGAAAACACCUCCAUGGGACACUUUUCUCCUCUUCUUCUUUGUGGAAUGGGACAUAUGUUGCUCCAGACACUUGUCAGCAAUGAAAUGUACAUUUGUAAGAAGAGAUCACACAGAAUACCACUGCCAUGACAAGCCAGUCUUAACUAUAGCUUCAUCUCUACACUAUCAAAUAAUGCAGUUUGAAACUGCAUCAUAUGGUCAGUGUAGACUCAGUGUAGACCUAGUGUGACCAUGGAGCAGAACAAACAACUCAGCAUCUGUAUGCUCUUACCCACAAUGUCCUGCCUCAUGCACAGAGGAAGAAUUGUUGAAAGCUACAGACAAUGUGGUCACUGUUGCGCAUUUUUUGUCAAAACUUAUUUAGCUGCUAGUGUUCCCUCUAUUUUUAUCAGUUGUAUACUUAUUUAUGCAAUGCUUUUGACUCAAAAUAAAUAUAAUGCAGUUUUACUGCACUGAAAUGCAUUACAUGAGUCUGACCAUAUCAUGCAGUUUUAAAUGGCAUAAUAUGCAGAGUAGAUGGGGCCAAUAUUUCAGUUCAAACAUGUAAGCUAGUCUUUUCUGAGCCAGUGCAACAUACGUGUGCUAACUAGUAGUAAUAGAAAAUGUAACUGCACACAUCCAAGGGAAUGCUAUUGUUUGCACUGCACUGCUGAUCAGUUGUUAUGCUUCCAUAGGCUUAAUAUGGUUUCUGGAAACUAAACUCUCCAGGACUUUGUGUACUGCUGGAACACCAUUGCAUAGUCAUUGAAAUUUCUUUCUGGGGCUCCUGUGAACCAAAUUGUUCCUGUGAAAAUCCUCUUUAUAUUGGAAUCCAGGUGGGACAGAAGUUACCUGAGAUCUGGCUGUGUCCCUCUGUAUAGUUCUAGUUGUGGUCCUUGUCUUUUCAGAUUUGCUGUUGGGGAUGUUCUCUUAGGAAUAAAGUAUUUUAAGUGAAGGCA